AUGGUGAAUAUCGCUGUUGCUGGAGGAACGGGCAAGGUGGGCAGAACCAUUCUAGAGGUUUUGAAAUCCCAGACCCGCCACAAGCCAUUCCUUCUCACCAGAAAGAAUGCGCCAAGCAGCGAUGAUAGUGUCACGUCUGUGACAGUCGACUAUUCCGAUGCUGCCUCCCUGACGGAGGCUCUUGAGCGCCAUGAGAUUCAUACUGUCAUUUGCUGCUUGCCGUAUGAAGGCAAUGCUCUCGAGGUUGGACAAGGUAAUUUGAUCAAGGCUUCCGACGCAUCUGUCCAUACCAAGCGGUUUGUGCCUAGUGCAUUUGGCAUCAAUUAUCCCACGGAAGCCGUUGAAGAGCUUCCAGUCCUAAAGCAUUACUUCCAAGCCAUUGAAACUCUGCGACAGUCUUCCCUCAAGUGGACAAUCUUCCAGAACGGAUGUUUUCUAGACUACUGGGGCCACCCGCAUAUCAAGUCUUACCUCCGCCCGUCUCCUUUCGGCAUUGAUAUCGCGGGCAAGGUAGCAGCCAUCCCAGGCGAUGGAGAUACUCGCUUCACGGUGACAUACUCGUUUGACGUUGCCAAAUACGUGGUGGCAGCUCUGGACCUUGAUGAGUGGCCCGAAACCACGAGAAUUGCGGGUGACAUCAUAACCUGGAAGGAAUUUGUCGACUUGGCUGAAAAUACAACGGGGUCGAAGUUCGAGGUUUUCUACGAUCCUAUCGAGAAACUCGAGAGGAGCGAAUUAACCGAAUUGCCUUCGCAGGUUCCGUGUUACGCUACAUUCCCCAAGCCUCAGUUUCAGUGGUUCAUGGCUAUUUUCUCCAGGUGGACAGCUGAUGAAGAAAUCUGUUACAUUCCAGCAGAGCUCAACGCCAAGUUUCCUGACAUCCAGCCAAUGACUGUCAAGGCCAUGUUGGAGACAUACUGGAGGGCGUGA